AUAAAAUGUCAAAUAUUUAUGGCAAAAUCUAGCAACUUAACCAACAUAAGCUUGUGUUGAAUUGAAUAUUUGUAAUGUAUAAAGAUUUUUAUUACGGAUACAUGGCUCGAAAAAAUGGGUCUCUAUAAGCUAUUUAGUUAUAAUGUUGAAGUUCAGUACAUGAGUUGCUUUCUAUCAAAAGCAACACUUUUUACUUUAACUACUACAGUUUUAAACUUUAUUUUACCUUUCAUAAUAGCUUACAGAGGCAGAGGUUUUUGGCUUCGAUCUCACAGUUUUUAUGAACAGCCUGUUGUUCAAUUUACCUACGAAUACUUACUAAUAGCAGAGACUGAUGAUCCCACUGUAUCAAUACAAUGUGGUGCAACUAAUGAAAGCUUUGGAGAUUUUAUGAAAAAUGAAGAGAACUGUGUUGAAUUCCAAGUUCAGGAGUAUGAUGUCACUGGAGAUACUAAUAAUGAUUUAUUAGAUUUUAAAUUCUUCUUAAAUGUGCCACAGGAUAGAACAGUCACAUCUUUAAUUCUAAUGCUAGCAUUAAAUUUUCAACUAAAGUUGGUCUGUCCGCUCCAAAUGCAGAGCUUGGCAGUUGUGAAUAAGGAAUUCACAACACCACCUUCAGGGUUUAAAUAUUUAGCUGAUCUUGAGUUCUACCAAACAAGGCAUUUACCCUGCAAACAAAACCUUGUGGACACUAAAUAUAAUAGUUCUGUAUUUAUCUAUGAUAAAAACAAAUCUGGAAAUACAAUAGACCAAAUACUAGAGAAGUACUAUAUGAGAGAAGUGACUACGCACACAAAAUCCUUGUAUUCAAGAAGCCAGAAUGGACAUACAGGUUCAGUACAAAUACAGGUUAGUGUUAGAGUGCCAGAAAUGGAAGUAAAAUAUACACCAAGUCUGAUUCAAGAAAUUAAAUGGGCAUGGCCGCAAUAUCUUUCCCUGGUUGUGGUCUUCUAUUGGAUAUUCAACAGAAUUAAAAAGUUUGUGUUCAAUAACCGAUUGGUUAUGGCCUGGGAGAUACUACCUUGGAAGAAACAGCAAAUAGCAACAAAAAAGAAAUACUACUAACAACAAAUGAAAUUAAUCUGCAAGACAAUAGAACAAAAAAAUAUGCCAUGUCUUCCAGUUUCUGGAUCAAUAAAAGUGAUGUGAUUGUUAUUGAUCUUAUUAACAUUUUUGCUUGCCAAGUGACUAUCCAACAUACCUCAAACAAUUAAUUUAAUUAUAAGUCCAAAACAUCCUACCAAAAAUAAAAAGAUUGGUUAUAAAUUUGUUAUUUUUAUUUAGAUUGCAAAUACUACUUAAACUAUGUUACUUUUUACAAUUUACAAGUUUAUAGAAAUUUAUUCACUGAUUAAUGGUCAGAGCUGAGAGUGCACUGCUAAAAUCUGUUUUCUUAUCCAGUUCUGCCCUAUUAUCUUCAAUAAUGAAGGUCUUGGCAGAGUAGUCAUCAAGUUGCACUAACAGGUAACGACAUAAAUAAUUACCAUAUUCAUUCUGAAACAAAUGUAAAAUGUAGGUAUUAAUAAAUAGACUUAAUAAAUUUAUGGUAAAAUAAAUAAAAAAACUGUUACUUUGUAUAUAGAAUUUAACCUACUUGUUUCAUAUCAAGUUCAACAAUGCCCUUGUUCCUGAUUCCUUUGAUAUAAAACCUCAUCCUCAUGUGUUUGACUCCAUCCUUUUCAUACACAGCAUGGCUUACAUGAGUGCGCCUCCUUCUGGUAGUUUCUUCUCCAUAACCUUUGAUAGGGGAACCUAAAGCAUCUUCCACUCUUGGAUCCUGAAAAUAUUCAGUCGUAAGUUAAACAAUUAUUUAUCAUAGGGCUUGUGAUAAUCAUAAAAGUUGAAAUUCUGACAAAUGCCCUAAAUUUGGCAAGGGUUAUUCCAUUCUACUGUUGCACUCAACAGAUGAGUAAGAAAUACAUAAUAAUUAUUUUGAUAGGUACUUACUCUUUUACAUUUUUCUAGUGCCUCUGAGUAAAUGCUGUUAGGGCUGUUACUAGAAAACAAUUCCCGAAAGACAUAAUAAAAUAUGAUACCGGUGACGCCAACUCCAAUCAAAAUUACUCCAGUAUAUGUUGCAGUCUUAGUAGUUUCUUUAAUUUUUUCCCCUAAUGGUCGGACAUCUGUAGACACAUCGCUUCUCUCUUGACCCUUAGCCAAACUGCUUUCCCUGCGGGUUGAGUAACAGCGGACAUUGCUAUAUUUUGAUGACUGUAAUAAUGCAGGGACACAUUCAAUCGUAUUAGGGUUGCGUAAAACAGUAAAUAAUUUUGAUAUUAUAGUCAUUAUUCAAUUCACAGCAAACUAUUUUCACAGUAAUAUAUCUAAAACCCAGGGAGGUUAUCUUCGUUCGUAUUUAUUUUUACAAAGGUGA